AUGCUCAUGAGUGAACAGCAUGUGUGUUGGAAUACUGUGAGUUAUGGUAGAGAUAUUGUGCAAUUUUCGUCACCGAAAGGCAUGCGAUCCGAUACUGCGUAUCAUGUUCGACUAGAGAACGGAAGUGUCGUUAUCAUGGCUGGUGAUACGCAGAAGAAUUAUCUACAUCAGAUCACCAAAGAGAAUUAUAUUUCGAAGCACUACCCGCGGGUUUCGCUCACAUUUAGGGUUCACAAGACGUACUUGGAAAAAUGA